AUGCCGUGUAGCACAACAUCCAUAUCAGCACCAUCACCGCCACCCACCAAUGAAUUAAAGAUUAAAGAUGUGUUAGAGAGAAUGGAUGAAGAAACAGCUUUAAUUGGUGACGGAUCAACAGCUCAUAUUUUACCUACUAUUGCUGGAAAAAACGCUGAUUUGGUAUCAAUAUCACACGAAACAAUGGCUGAUGUAAUUAAUGGUAAUUAUGAUGAACAGAUUGAUGAAUAUACCGUUAUUGACUGUCGAUAUCCUUACGAGUUUGAUGGUGGACAUAUCAAGGGAGCUCUAAAUUUGUAUACAGAACAAGCCAUCUCUGAGUUUCUACGAACACAAUGUACAAUGGAUACAGGUUGUCGACGAGUUCUUAUAUUUCACUGUGAAUUUUCUUCUGAGAGAGGCCCAAAAUUAUUACGUUACUUAAGGAGUGCUGACCGUAAAGAGAACAGCCAUCGUUACCCGUACCUGAGUUUCCCUGAAAUCUAUAUUCUAGAGAAGGGUUACAAAGUCUUCUAUGAAAAUCAACAGUCGUUGUGUGAACCCUGCGCAUAUACACCCAUGUUACACAAAGAUCACAGUGCAGACCUACGUCAUUUCCGUACAAGAUCGAAAUCCUGGACUGCCGGUGAAAGAAAAUCCAAGUUACGACGAUCCUUAAUGUCACCGUAUUAA